AUGUCAAAGAAAGAUCAAGGCUUGGAUGAGAUAAUGGAAACAUUCAAGAAGGUGCAAAUCAGCAUCCCAUUGCUCAAUGCCAUUACUCAGAUUCCAAAAAAGCUACCUCCAAAGCUAAAGGAUCCAGGUUCAUUUUCUAUACCUUGCAUAGUUGGUGAUUUUAAGUUUCAAAAAACUUUGUUUGAUCUUGGUGCUUCUAUAAAUCUUAUUCAAUGUCAUGUUUAUGAGAAACUUAACCUUGGUGAGUUGCAAGCCACAACUGUGAGCAUUCAAUUGGCAGAUAGAACUAUUCGGUACCCCAAGGGCAUUCUAGAAGACGUUUUGGUGAACGUAGAAGGUUUAAUCUUGCCAGCUGAUUUCUUAGUCCUAGAGAUGGAAGAAGCACCAAUUCCUAAUAAUGAAUUGCCCCUUAUCUUUGGCCGACCCUUCAUGGCUACUGCUAAGACCAAGAUUGAUGUAGAGCAAGGCACUCUCACCAUGACCGUUAAUGGAGAAACUGUUGCCCUCAAAGUGUUUGAUGCCCUGAAGCCAAAUGUUGUACAAGAUUGUUUUCAAAUUGAAGUAUUUGGUAAUCUAGGGAAAGAGAGAUUUGAUGGCCUUCCAUAUUCAGUAGAAUCAUGCUUGCUGAAAAGAGGAGACAAGGAGGAGCAGGAGGCAGCCCACAUGUUCAAUGCUACAAUUGCCACAUAG